AUGCUUCCCUGGUUGGACAAGUCUUAUCUUUCUACUGGCACUGAUACACACAAAGCAAUCAAGGGAAAUCCAGAGCAUCAAGACAAUAAACUCAAUGACCUCAAGACCUGGCACCAGCUUCUGAGCCCCAUCGCCCUUGUCCUAGGGGUGGGUGGCGAAGGUACAUGGCAACGACAAAGUAGUCCCUGGAUCAACACAAGCGAGAAUGUCAAUGCUAUCAUUGCAACUCUUUUAUCCGCUCAUUGGGGCUCUGACACACACAACCCAGAAGCUUGGCUCCUGAACGUCAAGUCUGCAAUCCAGGAGGGAGCAUAUCUCGACAAAUCACUUAUGUCAGUUGUUGCUUGUUGCAAGGGACUUGGUGGCAAGGACAUAGCCGUCAACUUUCUUCUGAUGGUCAAUCUUAUGCAGCUUAUCACAAAAUGUCAAAGUAUCAAAAUACAAACAGGUCUCUCUCUCAAUGGAAUAUACAAUCAAGAAAUUGCGUAUCUGUCUAACAAACCCAGCAAAAGGACAUUUCAAGACUGGUAUUUCACUGGAAGCAAGUUUGCAGCCCUUGCUGGUGGAGGCUCGAUAUAUUUAUUAGUACUUAUUGCCAGUCUGGGUCUUCGUGUUUCAGUUGCUGCCAUGGAGGGCAUUUCACCAUGGGACCUUGAAAAUUUGCUAAGAAUGCCAAAAAAAGGAACUGUCAAGGGAAAUUUAAUUAUCAACCACAUCAUUCCUACUAUCAGUCGCAUGCACUUCUCUUUGCCCAUUAGCAUGGCAUCAAUGUUCUCCCCGGCUAUACUUGCGGAGCAUCAGCUAGCCAAUGAAUUUGAUCGCACAAAUAUCAGCUCUUCAGACCAUUUUUUUGAUUCUGUUAUCUUCAACCAUGUUAUUCCUUUCCAGCUGCCCACUAACUUCCUUGAAAACCAGGGAGAUGACACUCCAGCUGAGAUUUUGCCUCUCAUGUUAGAGAGGGAAGAUAGACGUUGUACCAACUAUUCCCAGAUGAUCCCUUACCUAUCCAAGGAAAUCAAAGAUGACAGCACUAUUUACCAGACUAUCAAAGUUGUCUUUGCAGACCUAUUCCAUUGGAUCCAUGAUGUGAUUGAGCUGCAGCUGCCUGAGGAGUAUGAGCUAUUGGCUGAAGUUACGUCAAUUUUGCCUGGCAUCAAUUUGUCUCCAAUAUUCCCCUUCCUUUCACUGGUGAUUAACCUCAAUGUCUCUACCAAAGGUCAUCGAGAUAGCAAAGACAAGGACUUCUGUCUUGUCCUUCCUAUUGGUAAUUUCCAAGGUGGAGCCCUUGUCAUGGUUGAAACAGAAAUCCUAAAAUGUACUGCUGAUACUCUUGAGGAAGAGGAUGAGGGGGAGGAUGCCCCACUGCCACCCUCCCAGAAGCAUAGGCAUAGGAGGGAGGUAGUAGAUGACCAAGAUGAAGAGAAUGAUACUAACAUGGUCCAGACUCCACCUUCAACUCAACCUAGAUCCUGCGGGCCUAUAGAUAAUAAAGAUGAAGAUGGGGGUGGGGAUGAUGAUACAAAUACAGAAGAGUUUAGGAACACUGUUAGAGGGGAUAGUGAACAAGAAGAAAAGGAUGAUGGCAAUCAUUCCCAGAUGCAAGGCAGAAAAGACGCACAACAAGCUGAUAAUAUUGGUGAAAGCACUAGCACACCAUCUUGUUUGCCAUCUGCAGCUCUUUCUAUCCAACCUUCCAGUUGCACAUCAAGCACAGCAAUGGCUAGUGUAUCUCCAUCUUCUGCUAUGACUAGGAAGCACAAACCUACACUAGCUCUUUUCCCUCCUUCUUUUGCACAGCUAGCUAUAGAAGCCCAUACUCAAAUGCGUCUUCAUAUCUCAACAAAUGAAGGAUUCCCUGCUUCUAAUAUACACUCUGAUAUCUCAUGGCAAAUAAUCACUGAAAGCUCCAAGAUUGGCAACAGCUUUGAAUCCAAAUUGAGGGAGAUUGAAGAAAAUGAAGCGUUGAAAAUCUUUAUGAUGGAUUAUGUAUGGUCUUCUGGGCCCUAA